UCACUGAGAGGCACGGCUGUAUUUACUGUCCGACUUGAAUAUUCUGCUGUCAGAAAAGGCUAUCGCGACAAGGUUUUGUAAAACAUAAUUAUUUUUAACUAGGGCGGGCAGUUUCUGAAUAAGCGAAAAUAGCCUACAGCAUAAUAUGCUAAAUAAAUAGAAACAAACUAAAUAAAAGCAUCGGUAUCUUAUGUGUGUGUUUCGGGAACAAAAAAAGCUGCUAUUUUUAGGAUGGGGUCAUAUUCAACGAUAUGUCGUGAAAUACUUUUAGCUCAAUGUAGAUUUUUUUAGCAUAAUAUAGCUCGAGAUUGACAGAAGAAGUGAAAAUGUGUACGUUAUGUAACAGUUAAUAUAAAGCAAAUCGACCGACGAGCUUCUCCUUACAGUCUUUUGCUGUCUAAACGCUGACAGCUAAGCUAACAGGCUAGCAGAGGUCUUGUUUACCAUUAUGGACAGGGACGCGUACCGUAACUGCUGCAGCCUGGUAACAAUACCGAGACAGUCUUACGAACAGUUUUGGUCUUCACAUUUUUUAGAUUACAUCGACAAGGAACUGAGCUAUUCCAAGUUUUUUAAGAAGUACUUGCUUCCCAAUCACCCAUGCAUGUUUUCGAAAAGGUUUACAGAGGACUGGAAGUGUAGAAAACAAUGGGUGUCUGACGAAGGGAAGCCGAAUUUCCAGAAACUGCUGCAAGAGUUUGACGAGACUCCUGUUCCUGUUGCAAACUGCAAUGCAAAGGAGUACAAUGCAAACCCUAAACAAGUAAUGCCUUUCAAAGAAUUUAUACACUACUGGAAGGAAUACAUCCAGAAUGGCCACUCCUCACCUAAAGGAUGCCUCUAUCUCAAAGACUGGCACAUGUCAAGGGACUAUCCAGAGCAUAAUGUUUACAGCACACCAGCCUUCUUUUCUUCUGACUGGCUGAAUGAAUACUGGGAUACGAUUGAAGUGGAUGACUACCGAUUUGUCUACAUGGGACCUAAAGGCUCAUGGACUCCGUUCCACGCCGAUGUGUUUCGCUCCUACAGUUGGUCUGCAAACAUAUGUGGCAGGAAGAAAUGGCUCCUGUAUCCCCCAGGUCAGGAAGAGUUUUUAAGGGACACUCACGGCAACCUCCCUUACGAUGUAACAUCAGCUGAGCUUCGAGACAGAAGCCUUUUUCCCCACUCUGAGGAAGCUUGUCAACCUCUUGAAAUUAUACAGGAGGCAGGUGAAAUCAUUUUUGUGCCCAGUGGGUGGCACCAUCAAGUUUAUAAUCUGGAGGACACCAUCUCUAUAAAUCAUAACUGGCUGAAUGGCUGUAACGUAGACAUCAUGUGGCAGUUCCUUCAGAGUGAGCUAUUGUCUGUUCAAAAAGAGAUCGAUGAGUGGAGAAACACGAUGGACUCGUGGCAUCAGCACUGCCAGGUCAUUAUGAAGGCCUGCUCUGGCAUUAAUUAUGCAGAAUUUGCCUCGUUCCUGAAAAUCAUUGCUGAACACCGGAUGUCUUUCCUUAAUGCCUGUUCCUCUGGGGAUUCCUCCGAUUACCCACGGCAUCUCUCAGAGACCCUCACCACACUUGGACCUUACCAUGCUGCCUUUGACCUCCAAAGAGUGGCUCACAUAAUUGAAUGUCUUCUCUGCAAUGAAGAUUUUAAGCGGCUCGACCAUUCAACUUUGACUUUGCAGCCAGAAACCAUGUUACAGCAAAUUCGGGACACCAUACAGUCCACAAGAGGGCAGCAUCUCCUUUAUCAAGAAUAAGAUGUGCAGUGGCGUCUCAACAAUGCUAUCGACUGGAAACGGCUUGAAUGAAAAGUGCCAAUAUGUUUACUGGAAAUAAGUGAAUAAUAAAGGUCUUACUUCAUC